CCAUAGGCUCCGCCCACUAUGGGGGCGUUGCUGUUCCGCUCUCGUCCCCUUCCGUCCGCACAAGCCGAAGAGGUAGCUGAUCCGCCAUGGAUGGUCUCCUUAGCCGGGAUCCCGUGGAUAUUGAGAAUAUCCUAGCUUUAAACCCCCGCAAACAAACUCAUGCAUCUUUGAAUUCAACUGCAGCAAGAAAACAGGAAAAAAAGCACUGGAAAAGGAAUGCGGAUAAAAGCUGCUCAAGCUGUGAGAGGCUGGAAAAUAAUUUUGAUGACAUCAAGCACACGACUCUUGGGGAGCGCGGAGCCCUUCGAGAAGCAAUGAGGUGCUUAAAGUGUGCAGAUGCCCCCUGUCAGAAGAGCUGCCCAACUAAUCUAGACAUCAAGUCAUUUAUCACAAGCAUUGCAAACAAGAACUACUAUGGAGCUGCCAAAAUGAUAUUUUCUGACAACCCACUUGGGCUGACAUGUGGGAUGGUGUGCCCAACUUCAGAUCUCUGUGUGGGUGGAUGCAAUUUAUAUGCCACCGAGGAGGGACCAAUUAAUAUUGGUGGACUGCAACAAUUUGCUACUGAGGUAUUCAGGGCAAUGAAUAUACCACAGAUUAGAAAUCCGUCUUUGCCUGAAGAGAUGCCAGAAGCCUACCAUGCCAAGAUAGCUCUUCUUGGAGCAGGACCUGCAAGUAUUAGCUGUGCCACCUUUUUGGCCCGGUUAGGCUACUCAGAUAUCACCAUUUUUGAAAAAGAAAAUUAUGUUGGCGGUUUAAGUACAUCUGAAAUCCCCCAGUUCCGGCUCCCGUAUGAUGUAGUGCAUUUUGAAACCAAGCUUAUGAAAGACCUCGGAGUGAAGAUAAUUUGUGGCAGAAGCCUUUCAGUAGAAGGAUUGACACUCAGUGCCUUGAAGGAAGAUGAUUACAAAGCGGUCUUUAUUGGAAUUGGUCUUCCAGAACCUAAGAGAGAACCUGUAUUUCAAGGUCUGGGAAUCGAUGAAGGAUUUUACACAUCUAAAGAUUUCCUGCCCAUGGUGGCUAUGGCAAGUAAAUCAGGAAUGUGUGCCUGUCGCUCUCCACUGCCAUCGAUACAGGGAACAGUGAUUGUUCUUGGAGCAGGUGACACUGCUUUCGACUGUGCAACGUCAGCUUUGCGAUGUGGUGCUCGCCGAAUUUUUGUGGUCUUCCGAAAGGGAUUUACUAAUAUACGGGCUGUCCCUGAAGAGAUGGACCUUGCAAAGGAAGAAAAGUGUGAAUUCCUGCCUUUCCUUUCUCCUUGGAAGGUUAUUGUGAAAGGAGGGAAGAUUGUUGCUAUGGAAUUUGUUCGGACUGAGCAAGAUGAAGAUGGACACUGGAAAGAAGAUCAGGAUCAAGUUGUCCGUUUGAAAGCAAAUGUGGUGAUCAGUGCCUUUGGUUCCAUCCUGAAUGACCCGAAAGUAAAAGAAGCUCUGACUCCACUCAAGUUUAACAAAUGGGGUCUUCCUGAAGUUGAUCCAGAGACCAUGCAAACAAGUGAGCCGUGGAUUUUUGCAGGAGGUGACAUUAGUGGACUUGCCAACACCACAGUAGAAUCAGUGAAUGAUGGAAAACAAGCUUCCUGGUACAUGCACAAAUACAUACAGUCUUUAUAUGAUGUUGCAGUUCCUGAUGUUCCCCAGCUGCCUCUCUUCUACACGCCCAUCGAUUUAGUGGACAUCAGUGUAGAAAUGGCUGGGCUCAAGUUUCCAAAUCCUUUUGGCCUGGCUAGUGCCACCCCAACAACAAGUUCGCCCAUGAUCCGGAGAGCAUUUGAAGCUGGAUGGGGAUUUGCACUGACCAAAACAUUUUCCCUGGAUAAGGACAUUGUAACAAAUGUUUCUCCAAGAAUAAUACGUGGAACUACCUCGGGGCCCAUCUAUGGUCCAGGCCAAGGUUCUUUCCUGAACAUUGAACUUAUCAGUGAGAAAACAGCUGCCUACUGGUGUAAAAGCAUCACUGAAUUGAAGACCGACUUCCCUGACAAGAUUCUCAUUGCCAGCAUCAUGUGCAGCUAUAAUAAAGAGGAUUGGACUCAACUUUCAAAAAUGGCCGAGGCUUCUGGAGCGGAUGCCCUGGAGUUAAAUUUAUCUUGUCCGCAUGGCAUGGGAGAACGAGGCAUGGGCCUCGCCUGUGGGCAGGAUCCAGAGCUGGUGCGCAACAUCUGUCGCUGGGUGAGGCAAGCUGUUCAGAUUCCGUUCUUUGCCAAGCUGACCCCAAAUGUCACAGACAUUGUGAGCAUUGCAAGGGCUUCCCAAGAAGGUGGUGCAGAUGGUGUUACCGCCACCAACACUGUGUCAGGGCUGAUGGGACUGAGAGCAGAUGGCAUACCGUGGCCUGCAGUUGGACAGGGGAACAAGACCACAUAUGGUGGAGUAUCAGGAAAUGCCAUCAGACCAAUAGCUCUACGAGCCGUUUCUGCAAUUGCUCGUGCUCUUCCAGGAUUCCCUGUCCUGGCUACAGGAGGCAUUGACUCUGCUGAAAGUGGCCUGCAGUUUCUUCAUGGUGGUGCUUCUGUUUUGCAGGUGUGCAGUGCAAUACAGAAUCAAGACUUUACUGUGAUUGAAGACUAUUGCACUGGGCUGAAGGCUUUGCUUUAUCUGAAGAGCAUAGAAGAACUUCAAGACUGGGAUGGGCAGAGUCCACCGACUAUAAGACACCAGAAAGGAAAACCUGUACCCUCAAUUGCUGACCUAGUGGGAAAGACCCUUCCCAGUUUUGGCCCCUACCUGGAAAAGCGCAAGAAGAUACUAGCUGAAAAUAAGUUGAAACUGAAGGAAGAGAGUGGCCCAUUUUUCCAGUUGGAAACAAAACACUUUGUUCCAAAGAAGCCCAUCCUAACAAUAAAGGAUAUAAUUGGAAAAGCACUGCGGUAUAUUGGAACAUAUGGAGAGCUCAGUAAUACGGAACAAGUUGUGGCUCUGAUUGAUGAGGAAAUGUGUAUCAACUGUGGCAAAUGCUACAUGACCUGUAAUGAUUCUGGCUACCAGGCUAUACAAUUUGAUCCAGAAAUCCACCUGCCCACCGUCACCGACAGUUGUACGGGCUGCACUCUGUGUCUCAGCGUCUGCCCUAUUAUUGACUGCAUCCGAAUGGUUUCCAGGACAACACCUUAUGAACCAAGGAGAGGCCUGCCCUUAGCUGUGAACCCCGUGUGCUGAGGUGAUCAGGCCCGCAGUUAACGGGAACCGUACAUUUGCUUGAUUCUAUUGAUUUGCUUUCUAAUUAGUACCAGCAACUCCAACUAUGUUAACAGGGGGGAGAAAAUAACUUAAUGAUGGCAGCCAUUAUAAGGUUGGCUGUAUCUUCCAAUCUUUUUUCCCCCCUAAGUCAUCAGAUAAACAGGAGGUAGUUCAUCCAGUGUUACCUGUCCUUGUCUUUUCCAAGAAGCUUCACUUUUUUCUUUUGCAAAACUUUAUCUGUUCUAAUGAUUUUAAUGAUUCCUUCACCCCCAACUCGCACAAGCACA